AUGAAUAUUCGCCUCCGAACAUGGUUAAAAAGCAAAUCAUCGACAGGAAAUCUUGACACCUAUAGCAUCCAGAGUGGUUUUUUGCUGAAUAACAGCAGCAGUGCAAAGCGAUCACGUUCGGACAACAUACCCGUUGGAAUAGCACAUCCUAAUUUAUACAUCGGUGAAGAUACACAGUCAUUCCUGAAGCCGAAAGCACUGGACAGCGAUGAUCGCCAGUGGACUGAUUUACAUGAAGCUGCUGACUCCACCACGGCCAUCCCAUUGCCCAUAGAACCAUCACUGGUGAAUGUAGCUGGGAAGCAUGGCCGAACAGCCAUGAUGCAAACGGCCUCAAAUCAGGCGAAGAGCGAAGAAGCAUCCAUCGAAGACAUCCACAAUCUGCUGAAAGCCGGUGCUGAAAUCGAUGCACAGGAUGAUAGCGAGGAUACGGCACUCAUGUUGGCUGUAAAGAGCGGUCGAACAGCGGUGGUUGCUUGUCUGAUAAAGUACGGAGCUGAUCCAACGCUGGUGGAUGAAAAAGACCGAACACCGCUACACCAUGCUGUUGCUGUCAAUAUACCGGACAUCGUGCAAUUACUGCUAAAUACACGACGUGUUAACGUGGAUGCACUGGACGACGACAAUCGAACACCAUUAAUCAUUUGCUCAACUUUUGAUUUCCGUAUGGGCACAGAAAUAGCCGAAAUGUUGCUGAAAGCGAAAGCAGAUGUGGCAUGCGUCGGUGACAAAAGCAUGAUAAAGUACGACGGCAGGACAGCCCUGCAUUUCGCUGCUCAGCACGAUAACUUAGACAUAAUUCGACUGCUUGAUAGAACACCAUUAUUCAUGGCAGCUUCGGAGGGGCAUCUUGAUGCUGUGGAGUGUUUGAUAAAUCUUGGAGCCAGCAAAGAUAUCACGGAUCAAAAGGAAAGAUCACCGCGAGAUAUUGCUGCUGAAAGAGAAUUUCGCGAUAUUGUACAGUAUCUGGAUUCGGUGCCAAUACCCCGUAUUUUGCCAGCAAGCAUGGCUGCGAGUCUGGCAAUUCAUGCGCAGCAACGUUUCAAAAAAUCGCUCAAAAAAACAACGGUAUAUUUUAGAUAUAUUUGCGUAAAGCAUCAAAUUUUCUUCCAAAAAUAUUUUGUAACAAUUUUAUGA